AUGUCGACUACUAUUGAAAAGAUCAAGGAGAUUGAGUCCGAGAUGGCUCGGACUCAAAAGAACAAGAACACCUCAUAUCAUUUAGGACAACUGAAGGCGAAGCUUGCUAAGCUCAAGCGUGAACUUCUGACCCCGACUGGAGGCGGUGGUGGUGGUGGAUCUGGCUUCGAUGUUGCGCGUACUGGUGUGGCCAGUGUUGGCUUCAUUGGUUUCCCGUCCGUCGGCAAGAGUACACUAAUGAAUAAACUGACUGGCCAACAUUCAGAAGCCGCGGCGUACGAGUUCACAACCCUCACAACUGUCCCCGGUCAAGUGAUGUACAAUGGCGCCAAGAUUCAGAUUCUCGAUCUUCCCGGUAUUAUCGAAGGUGCCAAAGACGGCAAGGGUCGUGGUCGACAGGUUAUUGCGGUGGCCAAGACUUGCAACCUCAUUUUCAUCGUCCUUGAUGUGAACAAGCCAUUGGUUGACAAGCGAGUCAUCGAAAACGAAUUGGAGGGCUUUGGCAUUCGCAUCAAUAAGAAGCCUCCCAACAUUGUCUUCAAGAAGAAGGACAAGGGUGGUAUCGCCAUCACGGCCACUCAGCCAUUGACUCAUAUCGACCACGACGAAAUCAAAGCUGUAAUGGGCGAGUAUAAGAUUUCGUCAGCCGAUAUCUCCAUCCGAUGUGAUGCCACCAUUGACGACCUGAUUGAUGUCCUGGAAGCCAGGAGUCGCAGCUACAUCCCCGUCAUCUAUGCGCUGAACAAGAUCGAUGCUAUUUCCAUCCAAGAGUUGGAUUUGCUGUACCGGAUUCCAGACGCCUGCCCAAUUAGCUCGGAGCAUGGAUGGAAUAUCGACGAGCUGCUGGAGAUGAUGUGGAAAAAGCUCAAGCUGCGCAGAAUCUACACGAAACCCAAGGGCAGAGCGCCCGACUACACAGCACCUGUCGUGCUGCGUUCUUACGCGUGCACAGUCGAGAAUUUCUGUGACGCUAUUCACCGCACAAUCAAGGACGAUUUCAAGCACGCUAUUGUGUAUGGUCGCUCCGUGAAGCACCAGCCGCAGCGAGUCGGUCUUUCGCACGAGCUUGGCGAUGAAGAUAUCGUGUCGAUCGUCAAGCGGUAA